UUCGAAGUGUUUUAUGCGAAAAAUGGGACUCGGGACCUUCUCAGCCGUUCCGUUUCUUCUCAAGGCCUACACGGCCUCUGAACACACGCAAGGCUAUAGAUCUAGUAGUGCGAGGAGGGCAGGGCAGGCGGUCUUGAUUGGAAUUCUAAAUUUUACAAUGCUAAACUUAAACAAAGACUGUCCACUUCGUUUUAGUUUUUGGACUAGCAUAGGCCUGGCCCUUGCCUACGCAAGUCUCAAAGACACUUUGCACUUUGCAAGAUCAUCUGAUUGUACUUUUAACAGACAAAUGUUUUCGAAUAAAACCGCCUGGUUCUCUGAAAGUUGUCACACUUUGGCCCAAAGAACAUGGGUGGAAAAAGGUGGAAAACUUGAAGAUAUUUCAUUAGCACAGUUUAUUUUCAGUGAUAACUGGGAAUGUCAUGAUACAAACAGCCUGCUUACCUCAGAAGCCUACCUGAACCAGCACCUAGCUGUUUUCAGCUCACAGUAUGUUGCAGAUGCUGCAAAGCAUGGCUCAGGAAAUGUCAUUCUUGGUGAUUACUUCCUUGUGCCUGAUAAAAUCAGAGAAUGUCUUGAACACAGAGUCACUUAUGAAUCAGCUUUAAAUGGCAAUGGUGAAAAAUAUGAUGGAAGCCAAGUUCACUUGGCCAGGGAUGCUACACUGCCAUCACAACCGUUUUUGCGCCCGGGGGAUAGAGGGCACAGGGCAAGGUAUGAUCAGUCUCAAAAAAAAGUCUUUCGACCACCAUCGUCUCAACAGGGGCCUUGUGGUGCUGAACGAGCUCAACAUCCUGCCUCAGACUCAUCCACCUCACCUCCUAAUUCAAAGAAAAGGCGUGAGGCUCCAAGCUCAAGUCAUCUAGGUACCAGCUCCGUGGAAUAUAGAGUGCCUGAUGAAGGUGUCCCACAUGUGAAAGAUUUACCCAAGUGCAUCAAACCCUUGAAGAUCAUUCGUCCGGAAGUUGACAAUGUAGAAGUUCUUUAUUACUGAAUUUUUAUGUUAUACUGUUGAUGUUCCUUUUUGAGUUAUUUCACUGAAUGCUUUCAUUAUAUACAACGAGGUCUGGUUAAACCAAAAUUUGUAGGACCCCUGGAUUUUUUUCAGUUAACUCUUUAUCUCGGAGGGGGGUAAAGCCACUACGCCAGGGCCAUUUUUUGGUGCUAAAUCUAAAAAUGACAAAAACGUCAUUAAAUGGGUAAUUAAAUCGAGACUAGCAAACCUAUUUCGAUAAUUCUUUAUUAAAUCUAAUGAAUGAACUUCCAGUGUAAGAGACCUGUUGCCGAAAAGUAAUUUAAUGUCGAAGUCAUCGUAAAGGAAUGUUGCCGAGCCGCAAGGAGCGGCUUGCCGGAGAUAAAGAGUUAAGCCAGAUUUUUGGUUUAGAGAUUUAACUCAAAUUGAAAGAAAAAAAAUCUAAGAUUUCUUUUGCUUUCUGUUUAUUGCUUUUUUUGAUUUACCAUGUUCAGUUUAAGUGGAGUCUACCCUAUGCGUUGUACUAUCUUUGGAAA